UCUGAGGCGGGACCCUCCAGAAAACUCUAAGCCCGGCCGGGUCUUGAGCUCCACUCGCCUCUGCAGCCCCUGACGUGCGUGUGUGCACUUGCCCAGCCCGCUUGGACGCUCUUCACCGUCACCACAGCUGUCAGAAUGGCCAACCGGGGACCUUCCUAUGGCCUGAGCCGAGAGGUGCAGCAGAAGAUUGAGAAGCAAUACGAUGCGGAUCUGGAGCAGAUCCUGAUCCAGUGGAUUACCACUCAGUGCCGCAAGGAUGUGGGCCGGCCCCAGCCCGGGCGUGAGAACUUCCAGAACUGGCUCAAGGAUGGCACGGUGCUGUGUGAGCUCAUUAAUUCACUAUACCCUGAGGGGCAGGCCCCAGUAAAGAAGAUUCAGGCCUCUGGUAUGGCCUUUAAGCAGAUGGAGCAGAUCUCCCAGUUCCUGCAGGCCGCUGAGCGCUACGGCAUUAACACCACUGACAUCUUUCAAACUGUGGAUCUCUGGGAAGGAAAGAACAUGGCUUGCGUGCAGCGGACGCUAAUGAACCUGGGUGGGCUGGCGGUAGCCAGGGAUGAUGGGCUAUUCUCUGGGGAUCCCAACUGGUUUCCUAAGAAAUCCAAGGAGAACCCUCGGAACUUCUCGGACAACCAGUUGCAAGAGGGCAAGAAUGUGAUCGGACUUCAGAUGGGCACCAACCGUGGAGCAUCUCAGGCAGGCAUGACCGGCUAUGGGAUGCCACGCCAGAUCCUCUGAUCAGACAUCCCCCCUGCCCCUGCCCUCCAUGAAUGGUUAAUAUAUAUGUAUAUAUAAGUUUUA